AUGUCGCUAGCACUGAGUAUUGGAGCACCCCCCCAGGAUGCCUACAAGCCAUCCUGUGUCGUCUAUCCUUCAUCCUCAGAGGAUGUCUCUGUGGCUCUUCAGGCCAUUCAAGCAUCUGGCAGCCGGUUUGCAGUCAGAGGAGGGGGCCACAACCCUAACAAGUUCUUUUCGUCAACCGACAAAGGCGUCCUCAUUAACUUGAGCAACCUCUCGGAAAAAUCGUAUGAUCCAGACACCACGCUUGCAACAUACGGACCAGGUGGUAUAUUUGGCGACAUAUACAACUACUUCGAGGAUUAUAACCGCACUGUGGUUGGAGCUCGACUCUCCGGGGUGGGAACCGGUCUCGCGCUGGGUGGUGGCAUGAGCUAUCUCUCUCCCCAAUAUGGCAUGGCCUGUGAUUCAUUCAGGGAGCUGGAAAUUGUACUUCCUGAUGGUCGAAUUGUGACAGCGUCCAAUACUUCCAAUCCAGACCUGUUCUUUGCGUCCCGUGGUGGCGGAGGCAAUGCCUAUGGUGUUGUAACGAAAUAUACGGUCCAGAGUUACCCUAUCGGGCAAUUCUUCGCGGGCAAUAUCAUCUACGCCUUUCCCCAGAAGGAUACCGUUGUUGAGGCAAUUAGUAACUUUAUCCAAUACAACACCGACCCCAAAGCUAGCAUUAUUGGUACUUACGAGAAGCUACCCACCCCCGAUUUGAAUCUCAACCUGGACGAGGCCAUUAUCAUGUUCCUAGUCUACGAUGGCCCUGACGCAGGCGAUGCGUUCAUAAACUUCACGAGCAUCCCACAUCUCCUCGACACUACUGGUCUAAAGUCCUACCCCGAGGUAGCCGAUAUGCCACUUCCAAUCGCCACCGAGGCUUCACGCGGGAACAAUAUCUUCCGUGUUGGAGUCCACCAUGCUGAUAAUGAUGAGUGCAAGAAUGCCCUGGAUGUGUGGCGUAACUGGGGCGAGUCGAACAAAGGCAAAUAUCUACUCCUUUCCCUCGAUUUCCAGCCUGUCCCAAAAAGCUUGACAGACGCCAGCAAGGCGCAGGGUGGAAAUGCAAUGGAUAUGCCCGACGGUCCAUGGUUCUGGUUAAAUUAUUUGAUCACAACACUGCCGGGAAUGAGCCAGCCAGACUAUGAUGCCAUACAGUCUAGCUUCCGUGAUAUGGUUGCGUCGACAACCAAUGCUGAAGGUCUUCCGUUGUUUAUCAACGACGCAAACUAUGAUCAAAAUCCCUUAUCAACCUUCUCUACAUAUGGGAAAUUGCAAGAGAUCAAAAAGAAGUAUGAUCCGGACAACUUCUUUGCUGACAAGACUGGGGGUUGGUCAUUUGACUAG